GAAAUGGUUCUUUCCGGAAAUGGUGGAAGCAGCAUGUUGAAGGAGAAUCCAGCGUGGAUUAACAACAACAACGGCACUUUCUGGAUUUAAACGGUUAAUUGUUUUGAACAGCUACCUGUAGUUUGAGGUUUGAGCAUCUCUAACCCCGAUUAGUCGAAGGAAACCAGCAGAGAUUCCGUGACAAGAUGCCUCAUCGGAAGAAGAAGUCGUUCAUUGAGAAGAAGAAGGCCGUGACCUUUCACCUGGUCCACAGGAGUCAGAGGGACCCGCUGGCUGCAGACGAAAAAGCCCCGCAACACGUCCUGCUGCACGCCAACAAGGUUUCUCAGGUGGACACAGAGAAGAGGCGCGAGGAGCAGAGGGAGUUUGGCGUGUUCUUCGAUGACGACUACAACUACCUGCAGCACCUGAAGGAGCCGUCGGUCCCGUCGGAGCUGGUGGCCGCCGGCCCCCGGCACACCGACAGGCGACUGAUUCAUCUCGAUGAUGAAGAGUACGAGGAGGAGGACCAGGAGGGUGAAACGGACAAGGCCGUUCCUGCCGCUAGCAUCAACCUUCCUUCUUCAGUGUUCGCCUCAGAGUUUGAAGAGGAGGUGGGACUUCUGAACAAAGCCGCUCCGAUCUCAGGACCACGGCUGGACAUGGACCCCGACAUUGUGGCAGCUCUCGACGAAGACUUCGACUACGACGACCCCGACAACCUCCUGGACGACGACUUCAUCGCCAAAGCAAACACUGCGAGCGGAGCCGCGGACAUCGGAGAUGGCGAUGAUGAUGACGAUGAUGAUGAUGAUGAGUGGGAGGACACAGACGAGGAAGGCGACUUUGACUCUGAAGGCGGGUUUUCGGGCGACGAGAACAUGGAAGGCCGCGGCCCGGAGUUUCUCUUUAUGGACGAAGAGACGAAGAGUCGAUUCACCGAGUACUCGAUGACGUCGUCCGUGAUGCGGAGGAACGAGCAGCUCACCCUGCUGGACGACCGCUUCGAAAAGUUUUACGAGCAGUUUGAUGACGACGAGAUCGGCGCUCUGGACAACGCAGAGCUGGAGGGCUUCAUCCAGCCGGACAGCGCUCGCCUGGAAGAAGUUAUCAAAGACUAUUUCAUACAGAAACAGAAAGAGUACCUGAGGCCUGAUGACUUGGGUCCAAAAGAACUUCCUGUCCUGAAGGAGGAAGAGGAGGAAGAUGAUGAUGAGGAGGAAGAAGAGAUGGAAACUGUUGUUAUCAAAGCUCCGGAAGAGAAGUGGGACUGUGAAACCAUCGUCAGCACAUAUUCCAACAUAUAUAACCGACCCAAGAUCAUUCAGGAACCACCAUCGACCAAGCCGAUCCGCGUGUCCAGUAAGACGGGCAUCCCUCUGGACGUCCUUCCUGCCAAAGGCCUGACCGCCAAGCAGGCGGAGCGCAUGACUCGGAUCAACGACUCGGACCUGCCCCGAGUCUCCACCCAGCACCGCGACAAGGAGGAGAGCAAAGAGGAGAGGAAGGCCAGGAAACAGGCCAUCAAGGAAGAACGCAAGGAGCGGAGAGUGGAGAAGAAAGCCAACAAGAUGGCGUUCAAGGAAGAAAAAGUCCGCCAGGAGAAGCAGAUGUUGAACCUGAGAACAAACGUUCAAGGCCUGAAGCUUUAGCAACAAACUGCCUGCACAGACUUUUUACCCUUUGGUGGCGUGUGCGUCACCAGCGGACACGCCGCCGUUCGCCUCAGUGGAGCCAAACAAAGGAGGACGGACGGGGUGCUGAGAGGCUCGGGUUCUCUCAUAUCAUCACCACAUAGUUCAUUUAAUAAAAAGGAGCAAAAACUACCUAUUUACAGUAAACCAGGUCUUGUCAUCAUGUUACAGCAGGUUGAAAUCCAGGAAUACCAAAGGCUUGGUAUUGAGUAGGAGUAUUAAAAACCAAUGAGCCAAAAGUUAGUUUUGCACAUCUUUUCCUAUUGGUGAUCUCGUUUACUCAUCCUCUGAUCACAUCUUAUCUGGUGUUUUGAGUAGUACGCUUUAUUGCAGAGAGUUAGACGAGAGGAUCGAUACCACUCCCAUUCAACUCUUCACCAGAAAGCAUAUUUUGUUGGAAAACAUAUUCCUCAUAAAAAGGGUAUCGGUAUUUGUAUCUUAAGAUAUCCAUUGAGACCCAGCCGUACAAACACUUCUUUAUAUUUGGAAAGAAAAGAUCAAUAUUGUUUGUCUCUUUAUUAAAAAAACAUUUAAAUGCAAUUUCUUUGAGAUUUCAUUUAGAGCUCAUCAAACUGCACUUUUCCCCCACCAGGCGAGCGGAUAAUUAUCCGUCACACAAUCUUUGUCAAAGCAGCAAGACGACAUUCUUCCCUCGCACCCGAACGAGCAUCAUGGUUACCUGACCUUAAAUACAAUCACGUCUCAUUAGAAGCACAGCAUUCAUACUC